AUUAUUGUGUUAAUUUUUCCCCUUGGAAGAAAUCAGAAAUAUUACGACUGAAUUGCAGAAGAACAAUUUGAAAAGGAGAAAGUUGAAGCCAAGGACACAGACAAAUAAAUAAAACGUGUAAAGAUCAAAGUGCAGAAAAAGUAAAAGUUGAGAGACCAGCAAAGUUUUACCCAUAAAAGAAACAAAAUUGCUUCUUAGUCCAAAAUCCCGACACGGACACUCAUUUUGUAGAUUGAUGGGUCGUGUUGACACAUGUUAUUAAGGUGUCCAUACUUUGCGAUUUUCAGCAUAUAUUCACACCAAAAUUCUAAUUAUUUUGGCAUCAGUCCCACUUCUCUUUUAAGCCUAUGUAUUGUGGAAGAGAUGAGGUUGAGAUUGAGAUUGAGAUCCAUCCACCCUUCACCUUCUGCUUUACUGUGCUAUCUCAUAAACUCCAACCAUGAUCUUUUCUCAAGCAAAGGCAACUUCUCAGGUUGGAACAGCAAAACAAAAGAAAGCGGGACUCACUCACUGCCAGUAGUCUUUUAUUUCAUUGACAAUAAUGUUGGGUUUUUUUUUUUUUUACCAAUUUAUGUCUCUUUUUAAUUGUAUUGGAUGAACUUGGUUUUGUUUCCUUUGGUAAUUUGUUUGUGUUGUAAGUUGUUAAGCAUGUUAUGUUAUGGGAUUUCUACUUUGUUUCUUUGGUGCAUGUUUGCUUCAUAUAGUGAAUUUGUUAUGAUGUUUAAUAUAUUGUCAUAAUUACAAAUUCCCUUUGGUUUGCUAACUUGACCACUGGAGAACAUUUCAACAACACUCUACUGCCUUCUUCCACUCUUGCAAGUGAACAUCGAAGGGAGUUCCUAUCUUGGAAUCAUGGUAGCUAAAAAGAACCCAGCUCUCAUAAACCCCAAGUAGAAGAGAUCCAGGCUCUGGUCUCUAAUAAACUCCAAGUAGUUUCCUACAAGUGGGUGAGUUGCAAACUUUUGGUGUCAUCAAAUGUUGCAAAGAGAAGCUAAGCAAUAAUUUGAUGGCAAUAGCUGGGUUCAGGUGUACAGUGUUUAAGGCUGCAUUGCAAAGUAUUGUGAGCUGCACUCUAGAAUGCUGAGCUUUUCCAGGCUUCAAGAGUUUUCCUAGAGUAGCAUACUUCAAAUAUUGAAAAUUCUUUAAGAGAUAACAGGUUCAUUAGCAAACUUAUGCGAUUACGCUUCUGCAAAGUUGAAGUCCAAUUGAGCACCAUCUGAUGAUCUUAAUUUUAGUAAAUAUUCUCAAGAUGAAGCCAGCAAGAAUGGAUAGUGGUUUUGGAUUCAUCGGGUGUGGACAAGCAUGAAGAUGCCAUCAAUUUAGCAUCACCCUAUCCCGCCAAACAGCUGCCUUGUAUUGAUCCAAAAGUCACCAGCAAAAGCAGAAACAGUUAAAAGUCCUCUCCAACUAAGAAUGAAAAUCUCCUUUCUAAAACUGGCCUCCUGUAGCCAAGAAGUCUCCUACAGUAGGAAGCGCUACUCCUUUUCUGGGAAGCAAAGCAGGAGGCCCAAAGAAAGCAGGGAAAAUAAAGGAUUCCAAGCAAGGCAAUAUCUCAUCAUUCUUUAAGAGAGUUAAUUUGGGCAGAAUGAAGUUUCCACUUCUUCUUGCUAGCCAUCCCUCUUCAAUGGAUCUCGUUCUUUCUUUUGGUUGGACAUUAUAUUAAAUCAAAUUCUACUUCAUUUACAAUGGGAGGCCUGAUUCACUAUCUUAUAUGGUUUAUAUGAAAUUUGGAGUGUUGGAAUGGCCAUUAAGCUGUCUAUUUUGUCCCCUAAGCUUGAUUGCAAACUAAUGCAUUAUUACAAAAGAAGUCAAAAGUCAAAACACAGUAUAUAUGAGUUUAAAAUGCAUACAACACAGACCUAGAACUGAGCUGGGACAGAUACAGUAUCAGAUGAGUUUUCAUU